AUGACGCAAAGUCAGAGCUUUUUUUAUUCCUUGCAUGCAGAUACAGACAGGAGUUACCAUAGUGCCCUUAUGCCCAGCCUCUUCGGCGCCAUUUGUCUGGUUGGCAUUGUUGGAAACUGCAUCGUGAUCUACACCAUCGUGAAGAGAAGCAAGUUCCGUGCACAGCAGACCGUGCCAGAUAUCUUUAUCUUCAGCUUGUCAGUGGUGGACCUGCUCUUCCUCUUGGGCAUGCCUUUUCUCAUUCACCAGCUGCUGGGCAAUGGCUCCUGGUGUUUCGGGGCCACCAUGUGCACCGUCAUCACAGCUCUGGACUCCAACAGCCAGAUCGUCAGCACCUACAUCCUCACGGUCAUGACGCUGGACCGCUACCUGGCCACUGUGCACCCCAUCCGCUUCAACCAUGUCCGCACGCCCCGUGUGGCAGUGGUGGUGGUGCUGCUUGUGUGGAUCCUGUCCAUGCUGUCCAUCACUCCCGUGUGGAUGUACGCGGGCCUCAUGCACCUGCCGGACGGCUCAGUGGGCUGCGCGCUGCUCCUGCCCGACCCGGCCCGAGACACCUACUGGUACACGCUGUACCAGUUUGUGCUGGCCUUCGCCCUGCCACUGGUCAUCAUCUGCGUGGUCUUCUUCAAGAUCCUCCAGAGCGUGGCGUCCACAGUGGCGCCACUGCCCCAGCGCAGCCUGCGCGUCCGCACCCGCAAGGUGACCCGCAUGGCCGUGGCCAUCUGCCUGGCCUUCUUCCUGUGCUGGGCGCCGUACUACAUCCUGCAGCUGGCCCACCUGGGCGUCCAGCGGCCCAGCUUCGCCUUCCUCUGCACCUACAACGUGGCCAUCAGCCUGGGCUACGCCAACAGCUGCAUCAACCCGUUCCUCUACAUCGUCCUGAGCGAGACCUUUAAGCGCCAGCUCCUGGGAGCCCUGCGCCUGCCCCAGCGCAGUCUGAGGGUGGAGCCGGGCAUCGGUGAUGGCAGCCUCAACAUGCGCCUAAUGCCUGACACGGGUGCCCAGGAGCGGGGGCAUUUCUUUAGGGAUCAGCUGCUCAACCACAUGUCGCCAGUGACAGCUGCGGUGCACUGA